UGAGAUUCUGUUGCAAUCCGGAGGGGGAUCAUCAUCCAGCAUCAUGUUGUGUGUGUUAUAAAAGCUCCUGAAGUAGGAAGUGAAGACGACUCUGGACACUUGAAGACAUGGAGACACCAGUGGACCACACGAACGCCCGAGUCUCGUACACCCAAAGUAACCCGCUGUUCGACAUGUCGCUCAGCAGGACCGACCUGUACAGCUUCCAGCCCGACGACCUGAAGCCAGCGAGGACCAGGAGACAGUGGUGUUUCAAUGUGAUUGUUGUUUACCUGGUCUUGCAGACCGCCCUCAAUGCCUUCCUCAUUUAUAAAGUUUUCAAGUUGGGGUCUUUGCUGUCCAGCCCCAGCUCGCAGAAGCUGACGUCCAGUCACAUUCCUGUGGGCGGAGAACAGGGUGACGAAACCCUCCAAGCUCAAGUCCACAACAACAGCCAAGACACCGAGACCCUGAAGGGCCACCUGUGGGCCCUGGAGAGCCAGGUCAAGAACCUGUGUGGAGAGGAGGGACAGCUGGACAGGAUGAGGUCCGACCUGAGCCAGCUCAACACCACCAGCCGAAACCUGGAGGGCAAACUGUCAGCCAUCAGCCUCAAAUCAGGACCUCCUGGUCCUCCGGGUACAGAUGGGCGUCCAGGCACACCAGGAGAGAAGGGCCUCAAAGGUGACGCAGGUGCUGCUGGGCCUCCGGGACCAAAGGGUGACUUGGGACUCAAAGGACAACCCGGAGAGCCGGGAGCUGCCGGUCCGAGUGGUCCCAGAGGUCUGCCCGGGCCCCCAGGAGCCCCUGGGAAUCAAGGACCAGGUGCGAAGGGAGAGAAAGGAGACCCCGGGGUCCAAGGCCCUCAAGGGAUCAAAGGUGACGCGGGAGGUCGCGGCCCAACAGGAUCUCCUGGACUCCCUGGAAUUCCUGGGGCCAAAGGACAAAAAGGACAGACCGGAAGUGCAGGUCCAGUGGGACCUCCAGGUCUACGUGGACCUCCUGGUUUCAAUGGAACUCAAGGUCCUCCUGGACCACCAGGUGCCAAAGGAGACCCUGGAAGCUCAGAGUUGAACGUGCGUCUCGUGCCGGGCAGAUCCCGAGGCCGAGUGGAGGUGAAGGUCAACGGGGUCUGGGGCACCGUGUGUGACGACAGCUUCGACACCCUGGAUGGCAAAGUGAUCUGUAGGAUGCUGGGUUUCACCACCGCGACCAACACCUUCACCGCCGCCCCAGGGACUGGAAAGAUCUGGCUGGACGAGCUGCGCUGCAGAGGAACAGAGUCUGAUAUCCUCAGCUGCUCACAUGCUGGACUUGGUUCAAACAACUGCGGACACAACGAGGACGCCGGCGUGCAGUGCGCCUAGACCGACCCCAGCCAAGACCAGCAGGAACUGGUCUGAGCCUCAGCUGUCGACUAGCAGAGCUGGAUCUUACAAUAUACUCAGAAACCUUUUGCAGCAACAUUAUAUUCACUUUCUUCUUUACUAAACACAUUAGCUUAAAUGAAUGAAUGAGUUCAUGAAUGUAAACAAAAGAUGAUGCUAAUAAAACUUCACUGGAAUAAACUC